AUGACUCCGGACGUUUAUUUGAAAAUAUUUACAAAUUCAACGAGAAAAAUAAGAUGGGAUGCUAAAUUAGGUUUUCAAAAAAAUCCGGGAAACCUGAUAAUAUCAUUAAAUUCGAUUUUACCUGAUGGCGGUCCCAUAAGUCGAUUGGAUGUCAUCAUCGUUCGAAUUUAUCCUUUUCUUUAUGUUGAAAAAACUGUGGAUGGUCGAAGGGUUGUGAGAAAUGAGAAAACUGAAGAAAAGGCUGAGGCGGAACAUAAGAAAAUUCGAGAUGAAAAAUUGGAAAAAAUUUACGAUGAGGUUUACGCGGAAAUGAGAAGGAGUAAGAAAAAAACGAGAGACACGGAUGAUGUUUUAUCACCGGAAAUUGAAAAAAAUUUUUAUUCUUUAACGAGAAAUUUUCAUAGAGAGAAUCAAAACAAAGAUAAUACCAACGGUUUCGAAGCUUUGAAAAAAGUCGAAGAAAAAUUAAAGAGAGAAAAUUUAAAGAGAGACGUGAGUCAAGUAUUGAAAAUAAGAAUAGCAGAUGCGAGAAAACCAAAUUUUACGAUUCCAUCAUUAUUAUCAAUAUGGAAUCCGAACGAAGAAACGUCAACGUUGUUUGCAGAGGGAAAAGGAAUGUCACUCGUCAACGUGACAGUCAGUAAUUUUCAAACAAGGUUCAAAUCCGGGAUUCAAAUCAACGCAUCGAGAUCGACGAGAUUUCAAUCGAUCACGAAUCGAGAUUUCGAUUAUCCCGCGAGACGUUUGACACCGCUCGGCAAAAUGGCGGACGUAGUUUUCGACGAAAUCGACAUUGUCGGAAUCGUAACGGUCGUGAAAGACUUUACGGAACAAGAUUUGCAAAUAAUUUAUUUGUCGGAUUUGGAAUUUAAUUUCGUCGGGAUUUCGUUCAGAGGAGGAUGUCAGAAUUACGGUUGGGAAAACAUAUUGAAACGUUCGGAAAUUGUCGCCUGCAGCAAUCUGUCGUUAAAAUCCACCGAAAGGUCAUCAGUGGUACCAACGGUUUGGGCGAAAGAAACUUCUUCGUUUACGAAAAAUUCUAAAAAAAACCAUUUGAAAAAAGGAUUGGAAACAUUGAAAGGAAAUCUUCCGAGGGAAAUGGAUAAAUUUUUACACGAGUGCGAGGGGAUACUGUCGGAAAAAUUAGAAAUGUCCAAGAUAUCGGGGUAUUCGUUUGGUUGUAACGACGACAGCGUCAAAGACGUCGAUUUAUCGACGUCGACGUCGUCGUCGUUGUUGUCGUCGUCGAAACAAAUGGAAAAAAAUUCUUCGUCGUCGAAAUAUUCAAAUAAUUCUUUUCGUUGGAUUUCAUAUAAAAACGUUUAA